AUGGAUCCUCCAGGCUGGGACUCAUUAGCGGGUGGCCAGUUGGCUGGGACAAAGGGAUUUUCUGUGCCAGGGGCCCGUCAGGACGUAAUUCUUCACAAAGAGCUGGACCCAUUGCCUCAGGACGGCAGGCAUCCAGACACCUGCUGCUCGGGUCCUGGGUUAGGCGGUGGGGAUGAAGCCAAGGUGCGGCGGUCCUUGGGCACAGUGCCCCUGGGGUGCUCUGCGGCCCCCGAGGCAGCGGGCAGGGCCCACGGUGGCGAGGAGCAGGCCCUGCGUCUGCGCCACACCUGGACUGGCCCCUUGGCCCCCCGCCUGGCCUCGGAAGGGUCAUUUCAGUGGCGGCAGCAACCGUUCAGCACCUGCCAGACCACGAGCCAGAGCCCCGGGCGCGCGGGCGCGCGGGGAUGGCUGCGGGGCGGCGCCGAGCGUGGGUCCGCCGCACAAAGCGGCUCCUGCUCCGAGCACCUGCUGCUCGCCGGCGGCCGCCUCGACCCACCUGAGGGCCGGGUCAUCCAGCGCAGCGCCCGCGCAGCUUGGCGACAUUGUUCAACACUCGUCCGGAGGCGCCGCGGGUCUGGGCCCGAGACCCUCCGCGGGCGCCCCGCGUGGCACGGGGGCUGCGCUCACGCCGGCGCAGUGCCCCCGCUGCAGGCCGUGCAGAGAUGGCGAGGGACCUGUGAUUUCCAAACGGCAAAGCGGGACGGGGGCGAUGAAGUUAACCGCAUCAGUGCGGGGCGCCCCCCCCCGGCGCCCGGAGACCCUGUGUGCGCCUCCUCCCUCCAGGCAGGCGUUGGAGGCGCUGGGCUGGGCACAGCGCAGGGGUCCACGCCUCGUGGUCCGCAAACCAGACCGCGCCGGGACCCUCCGGAAGCACGCAGUGACUGCCGGGCCCCCCCCCGAGACUCGGGCACGUCCGCGGCCCCGGGAGGUCGAAGGAAACUUCGCCCCCGCGCUGGCCGAGCCCAGCCUCCGCGCCCCUCGCGGCGCGCGGUCUGCCCCUCCUCCUCCCUCCGGUCCUCCCCCUCCCCUCCGGUCCUCCUCCUCCCUCCGGUCCUCCCCCUCCCUCCCGCUCCCUCCGCCUUUCCCUCCUCCCCUCCUCCUCGCCGGCUGGGCGGGCGGGGCCGCGCCGCUGAGCCCGCAGCCCCGCGCUGCCGACCCGGCCGCCGCCACGCCCCGCGAGAGGAGCGGCGGAACCAGGCCCGGCGGACGGAGCGUCCCGCGCGGGGCGCGGGGCAUGAAGUUGGGCGCGCGGGGAGCUCGGAGCAGGGGCGCGGCGGAGCCGGGAGCCGCCCGCAUCCGGAGCCCGCUCGGUGCGCCAUGGAGCUUGGGGGCCCGGGGGCGCCGCCGCAGCUGCUGCUACCGCUGCUGCUGCUGGCGGCCGGCCUCCUGCUUGUGAGCGGCCAUGUGGAGACACGGGCCCACGCGGAGGAACGGCUGCUGAAGAAACUCUUCUCUGGCUACAACAAGUGGUCCCGGCCCGUGGCCAACAUCUCAGAUGUAGUUCUUGUCCACUUCGGCCUGUCCAUCGCACAGCUCAUUGACGUGGACGAGAAGAACCAGGUGAUGACGACGAACGUGUGGGUGAAGCAGGAGUGGCAUGACUAUAAGCUGCGCUGGGACCCUGCCGACUACGAGAAUGUGACCUCCAUCCGCAUCCCCUCUGAGCUCAUCUGGCGGCCGGACAUCGUCCUGUACAACAACGCGGACGGGGACUUCGCGGUCACCCACCUGACCAAGGCGCACCUCUUCCACGACGGGCGGGUGCGGUGGACGCCGCCGGCCAUCUACAGGAGCUCCUGCAGCAUCGACGUCACCUUCUUCCCCUUCGACCAGCAGAACUGCACCAUGAAGUUCGGGUCCUGGACCUACGACAAGGCCAAGAUCGACCUGGUGAGCAUGCACAGCCGGGUGGACCAGCUGGACUUCUGGGAGAGCGGCGAGUGGGUCAUCGUGGACGCCGCGGGCACCUACAACACGCGCAAGUACGCGUGCUGCGCGGAGGUGUACCCGGACAUCACCUACGCCCUGGUCCUCCGGCGCCUGCCGCUCUUCUACAGCGUCAACCUCGUGGUGCCCUGCCUGCUCAUCUCCUGCCUCGCCGUGCCCGUCUUCUACCUGCCGCCCGGGUGCGGCGAGAAGAUCACGCUCUGCACCUCCGUGCUGCUCUCGCACACCGUCUUCCUGCUGCUCAUCACCGAGAUCGUCCCGCCCACCUCGCUGGUGGUCCCGCGCGUCGGCGGGUACCUGCUCUUCACCAUGGUCUGCGUCACCCUCUCCAUCGGCAUCACCGUCUUCGUGCUCAGCCUGCACCACCGCUCCCCGCGCACGCACGCCAUGCCCGCCUGGGUGCGCCGCCUCUUCCUGGACCUCAUGCCGCGCCUGCUCUUCAUGAGGCGGCCGUCCGUGGUCGAGGUCAGCUGCCGGCGGCUCAUGGCGUCCGUGCACGAGGUGGCCGGCGCCCCGCACUUCUGGCCGGAGCCCCGGGGGGAGCCCGGCCGUGGGAGCGGGGCCCCCGCCCCAUCCCUGUCCCCGUCCAGCAGCCUGGACCAGCCGGGCCAGCCCCAGCCGGGCCGCACGUCGCCCGUGGACCAGGUCCCCGCCCCGCAGCCCUCAGAGGCCGAGCAGGCCGGCCCCUGCCCCGCCAGCACCCGGGCCCCGGGGCUCGCCGAGGCCCGGUCCCUGAGCGUCCAGCACGUGUCCGGCCCCAGCGAAGCGGCGGAGGGUGGCGUGCGGUGCCGGUCCCAGAGCAUCCAGGACUGCGGGCCCCGAGAGCAGGCCGCCUCCCCGGCCGAGCGCCCGGCGGACGGCUCCCCCGCCUCUCCGACCAAGGCCCCCUCGGCCGAGCUCCCGCCGCCAGACCAGGCCUCCCCCUGCCAAUGCAAGUGCGGGACGGAGCGGAACCCCGCGCUCAAGGCCCCCGGCACCAGAGCGCCGCCCCCGCCCCUGUCGCCGGCCCUGGCUCGGGCGGUCGAGGGUGUCCAGUACAUCGCAGACCACCUGAAGGCGGAAGACACGGACUUCUCGGUGAAGGAGGACUGGAGGUACGUGGCCAUGGUCAUCGACCGCAUCUUCCUCUGGGUGUUCAUCGUCGUGUGCCUGCUGGGGACGGUGGGCCUCUUCCUGCCGCCCUGGCUGGCUGGCAUGAUCUAG